UUGUGUGAACGUGAAAGGUCGAUUGAACAGGCUAUGGAUAAACGCCUUCGUGCUCUCGAAAACUUGCGUUGCAACAUGGCCGAUGAAGCAUGGCGGUGGUACCAAGAGAAUCGCGAUAGAUUCUCACAUCCCGUAUAUGUGCCUAUCCUUCAUAUGACAGUGCCCAAUUCUGAAUCGGCAAUGUUACUUGAAAAUUUGUUAGCGGUGAGGGAUCUGCCUAUGUUCAUAUUUGGUAGUAAAUCAGACGAAGCUAUCCUAACCGACGCAAGACACAAAUGGAAGCUCAACUCAACUGUUAUUCCUCCUGCACAGGUUGACACAUCUUCGUUGAAGACGACUUUAACAGGAGAUAUGAAGAGAUUUGGUUUCACUCGCUUUGCUGUGGACUUAUUUACCGCUCCUGAUGUUGUGAAACAAUAUCUUUGUAAUGUCGCUCGACUUCACCAAGUGCCUAUUGGUUCAGCACAGACGAAUGAUGCAUAUGAAGCCAUAAAGACAGCAUUCAUAAGCACACCGUUUCGGCUGUACCUCACUGACAGAUACAGGGUACAAUUUACGGUUUCUAAGUACGGUUCACAUGAAAUCCUCGGCCAACAAAGUGAGCUUAGGAAACCCGCAAGAUUAUUACUUGCCCAUUCAUCUAGCUUUGAUGAGAGCAAAAGCCUUGAAGAGGAGAGACAGAGACUGAGAAACAAGGUAAAUGUUUUGAGGUUACCUCAAUUGGUAUCAUUCUGUUGA